AUGUUUAUUGAAAUUUACGAAUCGACGGGAAAAGUUGGAAAAUUAAUGAAGAUUAUAAUCCAAAAGAAGAGAAGAAGAAUUUACAAUUCGAGAAAGAAAACUUUGACGUCGAAUUCUGAACAAAACAAAAAUUUCUUCUCAUUAAGAAUAAAUUUCUACAUGAAAGAUGAAAAUUUGGAAAAAGAAUAA